AUGGCAACCACAACCGCAACCACUUUGGCCAUGAGCGUCCCGGUGCAGCUGAUGAGUGGCAAAUCUUGUGCUGUGGAAGUGGUGCCAGGCACCACCAUAAGGGAGAUGAAGCAACAAUUGAAGGCAUGGCAUCCCUCAGACGAUCCCGUCACGCGCGCACUGAGCAAAGUGCAAGUGGUCCUGAAAGGCAAGAAGUUGGAUGAUGAUGAUGAGACCAUCCUCUCAGUUGGGAUGUCUCCAACUACAGAGCUGCAGGUCCUCUUCAUCAUGAGCCCCAUGGUGGAAUGCUACGACCAACGAAUCUGUGGCCACGAGAAUCCAGAAUUGCUGGACGCCUUCUACAGCUUCGGCGGCUUCUCCGAAAUCCAGCCGAUCCACCUCAGAAAACGCCAGAGGUACACGGUCGUGUUGGCUUUGACGACCUUGACGGUGCUUCCUCGACGGGGGCGUUUUUCCCUCCCUUCGCCCGUUGACGGGCGCGAAGCAACGCCCGAGGAGCAUCAGGAAUACUUGCGGCGGCGGAAAGGCCUCAGCACGUCCGGCCUCGAUGGCGGGGCUCCUACAGCAGAUGGUGCGCGGGGUCGACUGGGCCCAGCCCACGAGUGGGCUGGGCCGGGCCUGGGGGUGGUGAGGGCUGGAAAUGGCUACAACAUUUGGGAGAAAAGCAAGGAAGAAGCUCAAAGAGGCCCGCCAGGCUUCUUGAGUUUCGUGAUGGUCCUGACUCCCGAGGUACGCCGCUUCGCUGGCCCCCAGCAGUUGCUUGGAGCGAAGGAAGUGGAGUGGAGCGGUCGGAGCUUCUCCAGCGACCUGCAGGUCUGCCCUGAUGGGGCAGCUGGCCUGGAAAUGCCGACCACGAAGCGCUCGCUGAUUCAGCUGGCACGGCGCUUGCGCGCCCCGGAAACGCUGAGUGUCCCGGAGUUGCCAGGGGUGCCGCUGCUGCUGCAAAGGUUGGACGUCAGAGACCAACAGCUCUUCGAUGACUUUUGCGCACGAAGUGCUGAGAGGUGGAAGGAGCUCUCCCUGUCUGAGAUGGCGAGCCUUUUCCGCAACACUGAGGAUUACCACCUGCUACACGGCACCAAAGGCACAGCACUUUGUCGCUUGGUGGCCAGCAUGACGGAAGCAUUGGAGCCUCAAAAGCCGCCUCCUCCCAGGGCCUUGGCCUCGCUCUGCCACGGUGCCCUGGCGCCCAAGCGCCGUGCCGCCUGCGCGCCGCUCCUGGCGAAACUGCGUGACGCCCUGGGCGACGGCCGCAGCGUGGAGCUGCGCGGCGCGGAGGCCGUGGAGCUGCUGGCGGCAGCUGGGGAGUUGCACCGGGCGAUUGGUGUCAGCACGCCGACUCUGAGCACCCUGGCCCAGCGAAGCCGCGAAGCCUUGGACGAGGCGCUCUCUCCAGGGCAGCUUUCUUUGAUCGCUCGUGCCUGCGGCCGACUGGGACCGGUGUUACCUGAAGACUCCCACGCACUCUUCGAGGCAUUGGUGGCCGCCCUGAAGCAUCGCCAGGCUCGAGAUCGAGAGCCAGUCUUGCAGGCUUGUCGCCCCUUAGCAGCCGACUUCCGACGUAUUUUGGCCCAAAGUGGCAUGCUGUGGCCUCUAGAUGAGGCAAUCCAAGAUCGUCUCAAAGCGAUUGAGGUGAGACUCCACUUGCUGCAGGACCUGCCAUUGCAUUUCGUGGCUCAUGACCAGAAGAUCGACACCCACGUCACGCAGGUGCUGCUCGAAGCAUUGCAGGAGGUCCACCAAGCACCGUCUUUGACAAGCGUUGCCACUGGCUACAUGGCGGCCACGACGGUGCUGCACAGCCUGGCUCUCGCGGAGGAAACGGGCGAGGUCUGCAAAUCCUUCCAAGACUUGGCUUCAAGUUGUUUGAAUGCUAUGCCUUGGGAAGAAGCGACAUCCAAGGAGGUUCAGCUACUCUUCCGGUCACCGGGUGAUGUGUCGCAGGCGGCUGCGGCGGCUGCACAGAAUGCAACGAAGAUGCAGGACCCACAAGCCCUGGUGGCCCUUUUACAGGCGGCCAAAGCGUUGUCAGAGCCACAGGCGUCCGCUGUGGCGGAAGCUGCGAAGGGAGCGUUGAUUGAGCGUAUCCCUGAGAUGAAGAAUGUGAGCGAACUGUCCAUGCUGGAGGCCGCGACUCGAAAGGGAGUGCCAGAGGCGCUUUCGGAAGUGCAGAUCCAACUGCGCGAACGCCUCCGCCGGCGGCUCUACCGUGCGGUGCAGGAGCGCGAUCCAGUCUUCGACGCGCGGCCACAUCGAGGCUAUAUCAGCUACGUGGAGAAGUGCAUGGCCAAAGAUCGCAGGCCGCUUGAGGCAUUUGCGGAGCCAUCCUCUACAGAAGAUCACAAGGCUCUGAAGUCGAUCCAGGUGACCGAAGGAUCCACCGGAGCUGGCCAAGUGAUCCAACGAACUCACCGAGUCCGUUGGCACGAAGGAGUGGAAGCCUAUGAGGCGGUGCUGGAGGUGGGUGGCCGGCGGGUCCUCGGUGGCUACUUCAAGCCGCUUGGAGAAGGUCUUGCAGCGAAGGAAGAAGCGCAAAAGAAUGCGGAAAAAUGCCUUUCGGCUUUGGAGACCAAAUAUGGCCUUCGAGCCUCGUCGAAUGAGAGCAGCGCGAUGGAGCAGCGCGAUGGUUGA